AAUUUGCAGAGUCGUAAAGUACUAAAACGCAUAAGAGAAGAAAUUUGCAGACUUCAAAAAAUGAACUUAGCAGCUAAAUCACCAUGAUAAUCCCUAGCUGACAAUAUUUUGGGUUAUACUGUGUGAUUGUUUGAGUGCAGAUUACAAAUUUAAACGAUGACAGAACCUCCAUCUUUGAUAUUUCUAGCCAUACAAGCAAUUAAGCACCAACUACUUGACGGUGAUGAUAGUUUGCAAUUAUCUGAUUUAUAUGAGCUUCCGUCGCAUUUGUUCGACAGUUUAGUCACUCAAUUACCUCCAUUGGCUUUGCACAAGCUGCAAAUCGAAAUGCCUUACGAGAAUUCGGAUGGUUAUGAUGAAUGUAGCUCGAAAACUGGAAAAAAGCGUGGGAGAAGUUGUAUUUUUGAUACGGAAUGGAAGAAUCUUUUUAGGUCGCGGUGGUCUCUGAUUGUUGACAAUAUUGAUACAGAUGACUGGCAUCAGAAAUAUUGGGAAACGCAUUUGCAAAAUUGUCUCGAUGAAGCAGCAGGAUCAUCGAUGGUAUCCUUUGAUGGUUGCGUUGGGGAGAUAAUUGUUCCAGAGUAUGUACUGAAAUGCAUUGGUUGUGAAGGACAUUUGAGUCAUUCAUCCUAUUCAAAAUUAUCUCAUCACUUCCAACAAUUUGGUCACUAUGCUAGAUGUCUGAGACUUCAAAGUGUUUUAUGCAUCGGAGAAACGUGUCAAUUAUUGAGGAAUUGCCGAUUGCAGAGUUUGACAUUGCGGUGGAUCAGAUCAGAGGAACAUGUUGAUGGAUUAUGCAAACUGCUGGUCCAAAACAGUGAAACAUUGACAUCUCUUGAAUUUAUUCACUGCAAGCUUUCAUCAACAUCUAUUGAUGCAAUAUGUAGGUCUUUAGAAAUAAAAAAUAGACAAACACAUGGAAUACAGAACCUCUCAAUCAGGACAUCAGUCUUCCUUGAAGCUAACCUAAUGUCUUUACCUCCUUCCCUAGUAUCAUUUCUUUCGUCCGGAAGGUCCCUGUGUUCAUUAAGAUUUUCUGGUAACCACCUAGAUCGGAAUUUUGCACGGAUCCUUUUUACUUUGCUUUUUGAUGCCUCUUCUAGUGUAUCCAUCCUUGAUCUUUCAGACAACACUAUAGCAGGGUGGCUUUCUAGUUUCAACAGGGGCUCCUCAAGCAGGGCCCCAUUAUCUUUGGAGAUGAGCAAUUGUUUGCAAUCCUUACGCGUCCUUCAGUUAAGGAAUAACAAUCUUCGCAACUAUGAUGUGACGAGUCUUAGAUACACACUUCUUUGUAUGCCUAAUUUGGAGGUGCUGGAUUUAGGCGAAAAUCCCAUUGAGGAUGAAGGAAUCAAAUGUUUAAUCCCUUAUUUUGCUGAGGCAAUGGAAAGAUGCUCUCCACUGGUGGAGUUGAAUUUAGAGAAUUGUGAUUUGUCCUGCGAAGGAGUUACUCUUCUCUUAGACACCCUUUCAACCCUACAAAAACAGCUGAAAUCUCUCACGCUUGCAGAUAAUGGCCUCGGCAGCCCAGUAGCUGGAGCCUUGAGAAAGUAUUUAGGCACUUCUAUCAGAGAACUUAAUAUUGGAGGCAUUGGACUGGGCAAAGCUGGCUUUAAGGAGCUACAUAAGGGUUUGAUGGGAGAAUUGAGUAUUGUCAAGAUCAACAUAAGCAAAAACUGUGGUGGACUUGAAACUGUAUAUUUUUUGACAAAGCUCAUGUCAUUGGCUCCAGAUCUUGUGGAUGUUAAUGCAUCUUACAAUCUUAUGCCUGCAGAAUCAUCAACUCUCAUAUGCUCAGCUCUGAAGGCCGCAAAAGGUAAACUUCAGCGGUUGGACUUGACUGGGAAUAGUUGGUACUUUCAGCAAAAUCAUACUUCAUUGCUUGCUGAAUUCCAACAUAAUGGAAGGCCUGUUGUAAUUCUCCCGUCAUUCCUUGCCCCAAAUAUUCCUUAUGAUGAUGAUCCAUAGACGUAAUUAUCUCAAAAUUUUCGGAUAUUUACUGGAAGCAGCAACAUCACAUAUUAAGAGUUGUCUGCGUUGGUUGUCUAUAGCUUCAAGGUGAGCUUUACAAUCUUACCCAAACCCAAAUGAAUAGGACGGAAAAUUGUCUCAGCAAAGUUAAAAAGCCUGUUGAAUAUUGGCUACCGGCAAGGUGGUGGUUUGUUGUAUUACAUGUUUAAUUGAUUUAAGGUGCCAGUUGUUGGUUUUAGGUUUUUUUGGUUCAUGACGCCCUAGGGAGUUUGUUGGACAGAUUUUAGAAGUGCAUGUAGUUAUUUUUCUUACCCUUUUUUCCUGUGAUCAUAACUCAAUGUAUGGAUUUGAAGAAUGUAAAUAUUUAUCCUGUUAUAAUACUAAAUUGAGAUUGAACA